AUGGCGAAGCGCAAGCGAGAGGCCGCGGCCACGCCGGCAGAGCACGCCAGCAGCCCUUCUCCCGCCCCGCAGGCCCCUCCUCCCGUCCACCUUCAGAUCGUCACUGGCUCCUACGAGCGCGUGCUCCAUGGCAUCACGGCCACUAUUUCCAGGGAAGCUUUCCAGCCCUCUACCAGCGACCCAGCGCCGGUUCAGUUUGCCGACUCGUUCCUCUUCAAUGCCCACGCCUCCGCUAUCCGCUGCCUCGCGCUCAGCCCGGCCGCAGCAGAUUCUUCUAAACCCCAAAAUGUAAUCCUUGCCAGCGGCGGCACAGACGAACGCAUCAACCUCUAUACCCUUUCUGCCUCCACUACCGGGACUGAUACCCGCCUCCCCUCAGUACCCACGCUAGCAGGCGCCACAAUACUGGAAAACCCGAGAAACCGCGAGUUGGGCUCGCUCCUGCAUCAUUCGUCUAGUAUCACCGCCUUACACUUCCCCACGAGGUCCAAAUUAUUAGCAGCUGCUGAGGACAAUACAAUAUCUGUCACCCGAAUUAGGGACUUAUCCGUUGUGUCAACGAUCAAAGCACCGCGGCCAAAAGCCGUGGGCCGCCCGAGCGGCGACACUGCACCCGUCGGCGCAGCCCCUGCAGGCGUCAAUGACUUCGCGGUACAUCCGAGUAUGAAACUAAUGUUAAGUGUUGGGAAGGGAGAGAAAUGCAUGAGAUUGUGGAACCUAGUGACGGGAAAGAAAGCCGGGGUACUGAACUUCGGUCGUGAUGUAUUGGAGAUGGUAAAAGAGGGCAAAUGGAGUAGUGGGGAGGGGAGAAAGAUUGUCUGGAACUCUGCAGGAGAGGAGUUUGCCAUAUCCUUUGACCGUGGCGCUAUAGUCUUUGGUAUCGACUCGGUACCAAAAUGCUACAUCCUUCCAUCUCCUCAAUCUAAAAUCCAUCAAAUUCGCUAUGUCUUAGUUGGAAACUUAGGAUAUGGUGCUCCAAACGAAGUGCUUGCCAUAUCCACAGAAGAUGGCCGUGUAAUAUUUUACUCUACAGACACUCCCAUCGUCGAUCAGACAAGUAGCAAAAGCUCCGUACCGCCCGCACAGCUAUGGCGUGAGCUUGGCAGCAAGUCAAACGAUCAGCCUUCCAGGAUAAAAGAUUUUGAAUUCCUUACUGUCGAUGGCCACUCUCAAGCCUUCGUCGUAACUGCUGGAAGCGAUGGCGUGGUUAAGGUAUGGGCCAUGGAACAAAAUAGUGUGACAAGCCAAAAGGGCAGCAAAAAGAAACAACAGAAAGCACAGCUGGUAGACAAUAGUGCACCUAGAAACAUUGGGCGGCUAUUAGGAGCAUACGAGACGGGGAAUAGAAUCACCUGUUUGAAAGCGUUCGUGAUGGCAGCCACCGAAACAGAUCAGAUAGAUGAUGAGUUCAGCGGGUUAUCAAGUGACGAGCAAGCGGACUCUACAUCUAGUGGCGACGAUAGCGGAUCAUGA